AUGAGUGCAGGCUGUGGGUCCGAGGAGGCUCAUAACGGGGCUGGUCCUCCGGCGGACACUCCGCUUGCAGCAGAAGACUCCGUCUCGCUGAGUGAUGCGCUGCAAUCCUCGUCCCUCGCAGCUCGGGGUGGCAGUUAUCUGGAUGAACUGGCUAACUCCUUAGAUGUCGUCCUUUCAAUUCUCCAGUCGAGAUCUGCCGAAGGCGAUUCUGAGGGGGGGCUGCCAGUCAUUCGAGAUCCCUCCAUUAUCAACCUCCUAACCAGUGCGGUACUCAUGAACGUCGCCACCACCCCUGAUAUCACCAAGGCCGCCUCUUCUCAGCUUCAGCAAGUCCUGUCUGUUGUGCGCACUGCUUUAGUGACCGAAGCGCAUGUCGCAGCAGGCUCGCCAGUGACAGAUUCAGGCAACGCUUUGCCCGUGCUGACGUCCUUCUGUCAGGCGGCGCAGCAGGCUUUCAAGCGCGUGAGGACUGCCCCUGCUGCUGUCGCAGAAGCUGCUGUUGCGCGAUUCCUGGGUGUGCUUUGCGAGGUUGUUCACAACCUGAGUGAAGCCGAUGCGAAGGUUAUCUGCGAACAUCCGCCCUGCAGUGCCGUUUUUGGUAACUCGCUGGUCUUGUUGAGUCGCACAUUGGCACCUGCUGCAAAGCAGGCCUCAACAGUGGCGAGUGGAAUGAAAACGGAAACUGACAUCCUUACGGUACUUGAACGACAGCUCUGGCAACCUGUGGAGGGAGGCCUCGGUGUUCCUCUUCUCCGAGGAAGCGCGGUUCGCCUUCUUGAGAGACUUUGCCACCUUUCACCAUCGAUUCGAGAGCUGCUUCUCCAGCAUGUCACCAAAGGCCUUUCGUCGCCUCUCUCGGAAGGCGACUUCGGCCCGUACAUUUCCGUUUACAUUUUGGGUCGGUAUCUGCGGCAGAUACUGCUGAGCAGCGGGACAUUUCGAUGCAGAGGCAACAAAGGAGGAGACUCCCCCGGCUCGCACACUGCGUUAGACGACGAGAAGAAGAAACUUCUUGCCGCUAAGAAGGCGACUGCCCUAGAAAUGAGAAACGCUCUUCUUAAAGUGUACAUUCAGGCGGUGGUGGAGGCCCGACAACCUGUUGGCGGUGUUCUCUGCGCAUCUUUUCGACCUCUCCUUUCUCUCGUUCAAGAAGGCGAUUGGUCGCUUGUUUUGCCGCCGCUGAAGCGCGGCCUGAAGCGCUCUCCGAACGCUGCACUGGCGGCAGCUGUUUGCCUUGUUUCGUCUUCCUCGGUAGAGUGUAGCGGUUGUUUUAUUCCUCUACUCGACGAAGGUCUAUUGGAUAUCUUGAAGAGCAGCAGCGUGGCAGCGGCCGAGAUGUCCCGGCUCCAGGCGACCCUCCAGCUGAUAGGUUUGCUGGCGCAGCGGUGCAGCGACACCGCUGUGCUCUGCCAGGUCAUCGUCAAGCGUUUGUACGAUCCACUGAAGAAAGGCAGUUUGACAAAGGCAGGCGAAAGGCUUGCUUUUCUUGGGGCCCUCUCGGAGUGUCUUUUGUCGUCUCACCUGCGGCGCCGUUUUCCGGCAGAGGAGCAGGAAGAGUGGUUUUCCGACUUUGCGUCGGAGAAGUCUUUCUUCCUCUUGUCUUUGCAGAACGAAGUGAACGAAGAAGUGAAGGCUUCCGUGUGCCGCGUCGUGGGUCUCCUCCUUGCGGUGUCUCUUUCCCUGGUCUCCGACCCCUCCGACGCCGCUCUCAAGCCGUUCGUCUCCGCCCUGGCUAAGCUUCUUGCUCUUCCAGGAACCGGCGGCUCUGAAAAGGCCGGAAAGUCUACGCAGACAUCGCCCCGUCUCGCCUCAGCUGCUCUUGAGGCCCUGUCCAUCGCCGCAGCCAGCCAGCGGUCUCGUGUGGCUUGCCUGGGGAUCCUCAGAGAAGCAGCUGUACCGACAGCCGCCAUUCUGCCGCUCGCGACGACGAAGGCGGGUUUGCGGCCAGAGUGUCUGCAGGCGUGGGUCCUCGUUUCGCUCCUUGAGGAACUACGAACGAAUGAAGAAGGCUCAGGAGGCGUGAUGGGCGCCGGAAGCGAGAAGGAAAUUGCCUGCCUCGUACCGAAAAGUGCAGCUCAGUUGGUCGUCGAAGACGACUCGUUCCUCAACAAUUUUGCUGCCAUAGAGAGGGCGCAAGCCGCCGAGGAGCUGCGCUCUCAGCUCCGGUUUGUGACCCUGCUGUGUGCCCGGCGACCCCUUGUUCUCUCCACGGUGUCUUACGGUUUUCCGCGUCAAGACUCUGGAGUGUGUGGUCUCCUUGGAGGCGUCACGUCCCUAUCUCUCGGUUUCCUUGAUCUCUCCGACCGCUCCAACUUCCCGUUUCCUCCGCUUCCCGUCUGCGCCUCUGGGCCUGAGAAGGCGAUUUCUAGCUCCCCGAGCACAUCCGUCACCGGCUUCCACUUUGGGCUCGUUCGCCUCCUCAUGACCGCGUUUCAGCGCCGGUUCCACGGGCAGUGCCCCUCGAAGGGGGCUUCCGGUUCUGAGGAAGAGGCAGCCGGCGGGUCUCGUGUCGCUCCUUCUUCCGAGUCUUCGGUGUUCGCCGCGUCCUUAUCUUUCUUCCUCUCCCGCUUCCAAGAAGCGACUCGGUCUGUCCCUGAACUAGUCGACCUGCUGCUCCUCGCCUUCUACUUUCAACUCGCACGUUUUUCUGCCGCCCCUGCCGCCGCUGCUCCGGCUUCAACAGGCCAAGCGACUGUUUCCAAAGCCCAGGGGGUCCAGCUCCGGAAACGCUUGGCAGCGCAUACCGCCUCUCAGGGGUCUGCAGGAGGGGGAGGCGCCUCAGGUGCCCAGGCUGCUGUACUCUGUGCAGGCACACCGCCCUGUCCGUCGGCCCUCCGCGCCACACUAGGCUUUCUGCUCACUCUUCGGUACCCCCGAGCGUCUACGCAGUCUUCCGGUGCCUCUCGAUCGUCGAAGGGUGGCAGCAGCAUCGCGCCGUCACCCCAGUUCAACGCGCUGCUUCUUCUGUGUCUGAUGCACCCGCUUCUCCAGUCUGGGGCACAGUCUCCUGGCCACCUGAUUCGUGCGUUCUUCUCGCGUAUGCAGGCCCUCUGUGGAGUCUCCGAAUGCGCGGGGUCGAAUGGGGACAAGAAGGCCGGUGAAGGGGAAAUCAAGAAGAAGCCCGCUGCCCUUGUUGCGUGGGACGGCCUUCUGGCUCUUCUGCCUUUGGCGGCGCAGGCCCCAGCCGCCGUGGAAGCCACGGGAGGCUUCAGAGCGGCUCUGUUUUGUCUGUUGCAGGGCAUCCGCGGGUUGCUUCUCGCCGGGAAGGCCGUGGGAGAGAAGAAGCGACGCGCGACAUCGCCAGGAGCCCAAGGCGCGAAGGCUGGCAAAGGCACGGCGGAUGCCCACUCGCCGAACCCGUUUGCAGCUCCAGCGCUGCUGCGAGGCCUCGAGCCAGCCGCUAAGACUGCAUGCAGCCAGCUCGCGUUGUUACUGGGAGCUGCAGAAAUGAUCGCCUUCUCCCCCCAAGACGUCGCGCUCUACUUUGCGCGCGACGACCAACUCUACCGGGAAGAAGGGACCUACCAGGCGCAAGAAGUCGAGGCGAAAAACGUGAAGAAGAACAAGUUCCAGAGCGCCUUGUACGGCGACUUGGCUGACGAGCUCCGCCAGGGCUCCAAACCGGCGUCCGGGGUGCCGAGCUCCCGGGCCGGCGCGGGCCACCGGAAAGAUCCGCGAGGCCAACGGCCUGGCCAGGGCGCUGGAAGCAACUCGGGGAGCGCGAACCAGACGAAAACGGAGUUGGAGGCGGAGGAACUGGCUCUUCAGCAGGCGCAGCGUCGCCGCAUGCGUGCGAGCGUCGACCGCACGACUUACUCGCUUCAGUGCCUAGGCCUCUUGGGCGAGAGCAUGCCGGCAGCCAUCGAGCCGCUCUUCUCAGUCCACGACGAGAGCGCUCGGAAGUCCGCGGAGGCGGCUGUGGGUCUUCAAGAAGGCGACCAGGAAGCCCUGGGGCUCCCGCAUGCAGUCACGCAGCUCCAAGUGACUUUCCAGGACCUCCUGCGCAGUCCCCUCGUGAGUUUGGAGGCGCUGAAGGCACUCCGGCGCAUCGUCGGCGGGGGCCUGGUGCCGCAACACAUUGUUUUGAAGCGGGGUGCUCUUCCGGAUGCGCUCUGUCGCGUGGCGCGAAAUCUCCCUCUGGAGGCGGCGGACGUUGAGCUGCUGGCUACUAUCCACCCUGAAGCCGUUCUCUCACCCGCGGCGGCUGCGCUGAUUCUCCCGGUCGUCUCGGCGAUCCUACAGAACGCCCAGAGCUCCGGCCUCCCGGCUUCGCAGCAAGCGAUGGAGCUGCUGCGGCAGCAACUCCAGCUGCGCGCGCCGCUGCAUGCACGCGAAGUCCUCGCGUGCCUGUCCGCCUCGCUACGCGCCCACCCAUCCCUUGUCAGUACGGCCGCGUCUGCUCUCCAGGACUUCUGCGCCUACCUCCUCGCGGGGAAGGACAAGAAAGACAAGGAAGGGAAGGAAGGGAAGGAAGAGAAUGAUGGUGAACACGCGCUGCUCCUCACGCUCUUGAACGUCGCCGUAGCGGACGAGCCGGCAGUGCGGCGCGCCGUCGUCGAGGCGCUUCAGGCGGCUCCGAAAGAGUUUUUGAAGAAACAUCUCGAGUGCAUCGGCUACUUGCUCGUCCUCCAGCAAGAUUUCAAGGAAGGCGAGGACGACGAAGAGAGCCGGCGAACCCACGCCAAGGCGAGCAAACUCCUCAAGACCGUCUGGAGCCCCAAUGAAGUGGUUGACCAGCAGAGGCUGAAGGAUGUCGGAGUCCUUCUCCGUACUCCGUACAAAGGCUUUCAACUCCUGGCAGCGAAGGCCUUCGCGUCUUUGGUGGCGGAUUUGGGAGGCGCGAGCCAGCUGGAUGUGGUAAUGUCGAUCCUUCCGCAGUUGUUCUCCUGGUACCGCUUGGAGUCGUAUCCGGAGGGGGCGGAGAGGGCUGCGGCGCGGCGCGAGGCGCGUCGCCUGGCGCAGGCGAAAGCGUCCGAGAAAGACGACAUUGGAUUUUCCUUGAGAGGUGGCGCGAAGGCCGUUAUUGCCUACCAGAAGAAAGACGCAGAGGACCCGUUUUUCUCCGCAUCCGGCGCCGGUCGGAAGGGGCAGCGCGGCGCGACUUCGCCGCAGGCGAGCGAAGAGAAGAGCCCAGCUGCGGUCCAGAGUGAGUCGUCGACUGCGGCGCCUUCGCCGCGUGCCGAGGUCGGAGAAGAAGAGGCGCAGGAGUCGCUGAGCAUGAAGUUGGGAGUAGCCCAGGCGCUGCAGUGUGUGGCUGAGAAGCAUCUGCUCGUAUGGGAGGAAGCUGUGCAGGAGGUACUGCGGUUCCUGCUCACGACUGCGUUGACUGCGCGCGAAGCGGUUGAAGACGAGGGCCUCCAGCAGGCGCUGCUGGCUGUCGGCGUGGCCACCAUUCAGCACUGCGGGACGGAUAACGAAGACGACGGCGGCCGGGCGCUCAGGCAGGACCUGUUCCAUGUGAUUGAGCGCGCGGCGAAGAAAGGCGCGACGCGUCCGGGCGAGGCUGCCGCGGGAGCUAAGGGCGAAGAGAAGGCGCGGAACGCGAGGACCGGCGACGUGCAGUCGGUGCUGAACGUCGCGUGCUCCGUCUUCUUCGGCGCGAUCGCCGAGAAUCUGGACGGCUCCGACCCGACGGUGAAGAAGAUCAUCAAGGAGUUGGUUGCAUGCAUUGUGGACCCGCGCUCGACGUCCCCUGACGUCCAACGCACCGUCUCGCGCGCGCUCUCGCCCCUCAUUCGGCUCUGCGCCUCAGGCGCUAGCCCUGCGGCCGGCGAGGUGUCGGAAAACCAGGCGUUCUGUCUCGCGCUCCUCUCCCAAAUGCUCGAAAGCGCCCUGACUGGCGACGACAUCGUGGUCCGGCGCGGCGGCGCGCGCGCCCUUGGUGGCAUCGUGAAGGGCCUGGGGAUUUUGACCCUCAAGACUCAACAUGUCAUGGAUACUCUCAAGGAGGCGCUCGAGAGCAAGGACGGUGUGCGCCGCCAGGGCGCGCUGCUGUGCAUCGAGGCACUCUCGGACGCGCUCGGCCGACUCUUUGAACCGUACACACUGAACACCCUUUCGCUUCUCCUGACCAGCUUCUCGGACACCGCCUUCCCCGUCCGCCUCGCCGCCCAGCAAGCCGCCAGACAAAUCAUGGCCCAGCUGAGUGGGCAUGGUGUGAAGCUUGUCCUCCCCACGCUGAUUGAGAAGCUGAACGACCCGCAGUGGAGAACCAAAGUUGGAAGCAUCGAACUCCUCGCCGCCAUGACCCACUGUGCGCCGCGGCAGCUUGCCUCCUGUCUACCCCAGGUCGUCCCUCUGCUCAGCGAAGUCAUGUCCGACACCUGCUUCCCGAAGGUCCGAGAAAGCGCCCGCGACGCUCUCUUCGCCAUCGCCGAGGUCAUCUCAAACCCGGAAAUAAAGCAGCUCGCUCCCCAGCUGAUUGAGACGUUGGUGGACCCGACGACGGAGAACACGAAGCGGAUGUUGGAGGUUCUUUUGACGACAUCGUUCCGGAACUCGGUGGACGCGCCGUCUCUCGCGCUGGUGUGUCCGAUCGCGAUCCGUGGGUUGCGGGAGCGUGGGUCGGAGACGAAGCACAAGGCGGCGAACAUCGUCGGCUCGAUGGUGUGUCUGGCGACGGAGCCUAAGGACUUCUUGCCGUACCUUCCCCAGAUCCUCGUGCAUCUGCAAACGACGCUGGUGGACCCGAUUCCGCAUGUGCGGGCGGCGGCGGCUCGCGCGUUCGGGACGAUCGCGAAGGGCGUCGGCGAGGAGCACCUAAGCGACGUUCUCUCGUGGCUCUUCCGGACCCUGAAGACGUCGGAGAGCUCCGUGGAACGCAGCGGCGCCGCGUUUGGCUUGUCCGAGGUUCUCGUUGCCCUCGGCCCGGACCGUCUCAAGGCUUUCCUUCCGGACAUUCUGGCGAACGCCACUGACCAGCAGGCCCCUCCAGACGUCCGCGAGGGGUACCUUGGCUUGUUUGUCUACCUGCCCACGGCAUUCCGCGAGCGUUUCCAGGACUACGUGCCCGAGGUACUUCCAGUCCUUCUCGGCGGCCUCGCCGACAACGCAGAGCCCGUGCGCGAAGUCUCUCUCCGCGCAUGCGACGUCUGCGUCCAGCAAUACGCCCAGACACACACGGCGCUGCUUCUGCGGCCCCUCGAGGACGGUCUCUUCAGCCCCGACUGGCGCAUUCGCCAGAGCUCCGUCACCCUCAUCGGCACACUGCUCGACCGCCUGCUGCGGGGUUGCGCGGAGGGCGUCGCGGCCGAGGACGUGAUGCAGACGGAAAUCUUGAGCCUGGAGCGUCGCGCCUUCAUCCUCAGCUCGCUGUACAUCAUCCGAUCCGACGAGGCCGCUGCAGUCCGCCAGACCGCCGUCCAGGUCUGGAAGAGCCUCGUCUCCAACAGCCCGAGGACGCUGAAGGAACUCUUGCCGAUCCUCACCAAGCGCCUCAUCAGCAACCUCGCGGCUUCCUCCGCUGUCUACGGCGGAGAAGAAAAACAAAGAGUCGCCGCCAGAUGCAUCGGCAGUCUCGCCCACAAACUCGGAGACGCCGUCCUCCCGCAACUCUUGCCUUGUCUGCAAGAGUCCCUCAAAAGCCCAGAUGCGUCGACGCGCCGGGGUGUGUGCAUCGGUCUCGCCGAGGUGGUUUCCUCUGCUCCGCGCUCCACUCUCUCCGAGCAUCUUCGCGUCCUCCUGCAAAUCGUCCACUCUGCGCUCGCAGAUACCGACGUUUCUGUUCAGAACGCUGCGAGCCGCGCAGCGGGCUGUCUCAUCGACAGCUUGGGGAAUGACGCGUCUGACCGCAUUCUUCCGCCGAUGCUGUCGCAGCUCGUCGAGCCACCUGUGUAUACAACCGAGCAAGCUGAGCGGACUUUUACGGUGCUGCGCGAGGCGCAGCUGCAGGGCUUCGAACUGCUGCUGCAGCAGCAAACGCAGGCGGUCCUGCCUCGGCUUCUCAACCUCGUUGGAGACGACAACGGACCGCUGGACGCUUCCAAGCUGCGUCUUCUCGGAUCCUGUGCCACGGUGCAACCGCUGGACAGACUGCAGCGAAACCUCAAGAGAAUCUUCCACUUGCUCCUAGAAGCCUGCUGCCAAACAGGUUUGCCGGAUGGCGCCGACACGACGCUGCUGUGGACAGAGGCUUCCGCGGCUUCGCUUCGGUUGAUCAAGCGUUUGGACGCCGACGGCAUCUCUACGUUGCUUUCCAUCGUGGAAGACGAAUUGAGAGCCGUCUGUCCCAUCAUUGAAUUGACCGCGCACGGGCGGCAGCAGCUGCUGACGAAGAGUGCGGCCGUUGCAGCGAGAGCAGCUCAGAGCUUACAUGGUCACCGCGCUGGAAAGGGGAAGAAGAGCGACGAGGAGGAAACGGAGACCGAACUCAACGGCGGCGCUCGAGUGGGCCCUGGAGCUCCUCUUUCACCCUCUGCGUUUGUGAAUCUUAAGGAGCUGCGAGCCUAUCCUGGGUUCUUAAAGAGUGUGGAGUCAGAUGCCCUUAACUGCAGGCGACGCCGCGCCGCAUGCGAAGUCAUUCUGCUUGUGCUCUGGUCGAGAGGCGUCAACGCGAUGUUGCCUUUCCUGGAACAAAUUCUUCAGCUGGUGCUGCCUCUGGCCCUGACGGACCCAUCAGAAGAAGUUCUGGUCGCCGGUGGCGCUUGCCUGGCAGCCAUCAACGCACAGAUCAAGAGAGAAGAUCUAAUUGGAUUCAUUCCGCAGAUCCACGGAUCGGUGCUGCGGUUCUUGGCGGACCCGGUUACUGGGAAGCCUGUGGGAAGUGAGGUUUUGACUUUGCCAGGUCUAGCGAUUUCGAAGAAGGAGCCAGCGGCAUUUGCCUUCUCGCCGUCGCCGCUGCCUCCGGACUUCCCGGCGUUCAGUCCCUCGCUGUUGGCUGGAGCACCGCCUUCGCCCUGCCCGUCUGCAUUUGAUACCCUCGCUGUAGUCUACCAGCAAGGCCUGAUGUAUGGCAGUGCCACAAUUCGCGAGGCCUCCUCACGCGCGCUGCAACAACUCGUGCUGCACGCGAGCUCCUCGGCAGUCGAGCCGAUGGCGGUCAAGCUGGCCGGGCCGCUGAUUCGCACAGUUGGAGACAAAUUCAGCGGACAAGUCAAGGCGGCAAUUCUGCUUGCCAUCAAGGCGCUCCUCUUGAAGGCUGGGCCAAGUGUGAAGCCUCUUCUCCCUCAGCUUCAGACUACGCUCCUGAAAUGCGUUGUCGACCCCCACCCCAUUGUGCGCACUCUCGGCUGCCGCAUUAUCGGCACUGUUACGUCUUUGCACGUCAGCGCGAGAGUUGAGGGCCUUCUCGGCGACAUCGUUGGCUUGACUCAAAACGCUGCGGCGACUGGCGCAGGGGCUCUUCAAGUUUCUCUCCUACAGGCUGCAACAAAUGUGCUUCGAAGCCUGAAUGGACAGUGUUCAGCCUCGACGUACGAGAAAGUGCUCGACGCAGCGUGGGAAGGCGUGAGGAGUCGGCAAGAAGAAGAAGCGAGAAUUGCUGCUGGACAGGCCAUCUCCGUUCUUCUUCUCAAACACGCGAGUCGCGAAACCGCUCUCGAAUUCUUGCAGGAUCAAGUCCUUGAAAGCGGCAACCAAUUCGAGGCCGACAGCCGUCUGGCCGCGUGUCUCGUUUUAACUCCGGUUCUCCGCAGUGGAGCAGACGGAUGGAAUCUCCUGAAAGGUUCAGACAUUGAAAACGAUAUCUUCCUUCUUAUCGGCAACCUCCUGGAAGACCAAGCAAGUGUCGUCCAACGUGCGGCUCUCGAGGUCUUCAAAGUUGCAGCAGCUUGCAGCAGGCAUGACUUAGCGGUGGCGCGGCACAACUUCAAGCUUCUGCCAAGCGUGAAAACAGCGCUGGCAGCUGCAGGAUUGACCAAUACAGGGGCGCUGAUUGCGGGGCUGCGAGGUGUGCGAAGCCUGGCGAAGCACUCAGCCUCGUUGCUGGUUGAUAAAAACGAGCGAUAUCUUUUGGAUACAUGCGAUCUGGCGUCUUUGUAUCUCUUCCAUCAGUCUCCGGUUGUCAAGCUCCAGGCCGAGUCAGUGUUCCGCUAUGCUCUUCGCGUUUCGGGAGAAGAGGGCCACGACGAAGCUGCCAUUAUGGACGCUCUCCAGCAGCUGCAGUCAUGGGGAUUCGAUCCCCGUAGACUGCAGCAAGUAUCUGAGUAUGCUAAGCGUGUAUUGACUCGCACCGUGCAGUCAAACAGUCAGCUGUCUGAUACUGAUGCAGAAGACGACGACAACAAGGACGACCUGAAUGACUUCGAGUGGUAGGGAAUUCGAGUUGCCUGGUUUCUUCAUGUAGGCAUUUGAGGGUUCAUAUCUUCCGUUAUCUGUGUGUAGCUAAAGUUUUGAGUGUUUGAUUUGGACAAAAUGCAGUUCGCUUGUGAUGGCCAGAAACGAAAUGUUCUGUUUGGCCUUCUGCGGACGAUGCCCUAGCUCGGAAGCUGUAUCUUUCUUUUUAUCUCUACAUAUAUAUACGCUUUUGAGUGUAUGGAUGUGUGUGCGUCUACACAUAUAAAUGCAUGUUUAGGCGGCUACAUAUAUAUUUAUAUAUGAUUAUACAUUUACCUGGUGAACAGCCAACUAACAACAACCACACGAUAUUGAUGGCCACGCUUGCCUGCUUG